CCAUAGACAUCCAUCCAGUACAUAUGUAUGCGGAUGGAUGUCUAUGAUUUCAUCAGCAGCAGAGACAAAAGAAAUGUCCACUUGUCACUUUGUUUCAACGCUUCUUCGUCGACAUUAGUUUGGAUGAUGGAGAUCGGACUGAUGAGUGGACUAAACCAGAACCCUGCAGGUAAACUUCAGGUGUUUGACUGGUGUCCACCUCCACAGCAGUACCUGAAUCUGACCAGCGGGGGGCGAAACAACACGUCACACGCUCACACUGCUGCUGCUUCGUCCGUCCAUCCGCUCAUCCCUCUCCUCCUCUACAGCGACAGACACUUCCCUCCCUCCUCCCCGUACAGCCAGCCAAUCAGAGCACCUGCUGCCCGACAGGACGACGCCCACUCCAGGACGCACCCCUGUUAUCACGGCAACGAUGUCACCAGCAGCAGACAGGUGGUGAAGAAGCCUCUGAACGCCUUCAUGCUCUACAUGAAGGAGACAAGACACAAAGUGCUGCAGGAGGGACGAGAGAGAGAGAGCGCCGCCAUCAAUCGCAUCCUGGGACGCAGGUGGCAUGCUCUGUCGCGCUCUGAGCAGUCCAAAUACUAUGAUCUGGCCCAGAAGGAGAGGCUGCUCCACAUGCAGCUGUACCCUGGAUGGUCCGCCAGGGAUAACUAUGGUAAAAGGAAGAGGAAGAGGAGCCAGCAGCACACAGGAAGCUGCCCCAGGUCGGGUUAAAAGACGACAAAAUAAAAGCUUCUUUAUCUUUAAUAUCUGUGAUGAGUCAGCUCAGCCAAAUACAGGACUACUACUACCAGUACUACUACUACUACUAAUAGGUACUAUUACUACUCCAACAACUACAGCUAUACCUACUACAGCUACUAUUACUAAUUGUAGUAAUAGGUACUAUU